AUGUUCAACAAUGCCGCUCCCUCACCAAUCGGCAUUGAUCCUCUACAGAGUGUCGCCAAAGAACUCAAAUUCUUGACUGGAAACAUUCAGCAGUUACUCGGCUCUGGUCACCCCAUGCUGGAUACUGUCGCAAAGUACUACACUCAAUCCGAGGGCAAAUAUGUCCGUCCCAUGCUGGUACUGCUCAUGUCGCAAGCCACCGCUUUGACUGUCAAGCACGAGCGAUCCACCCCUCAAGCCCUCGACGUCGACUCAUCCAUGUCGCCCUCUACCGUCCUCUCCGACUCGAACCCCUCGUCUCCUCUGACCUCUCCUCCCGUCGUCGAGGAUCUCGCCGACACCUCUGUCCUCNNCCCCUCACAACGUCGCCUUGCUGAGAUCACCGAACUCAUUCACACUGCCUCUCUCCUUCACGACGAUGUCAUUGACAACUCCAUUUCUCGCCGUUCCGCCCCCUCGGCCAACAUUCAAUUCGGCAACAAGAUGGCUGUCCUUGCCGGCGAUUUCAUGCUUGGCCGCGCCUCUGUCGCCCUUGCACGUCUGAGAGACCCCGAAGUUACCGAGCUGCUCGCUACUGUUAUCGCCAACUUGAUUGAGGGCGAAUUCAUGCAGCUGCGCAACACUGCUUCGGACGAGAAGCACCCUACCUACAGUCAAGAGACAAUGGAAUACUACUUGCAAAAGACAUACUUGAAGUCCGCUUCGCUUAUCAGCAAGUCGACAAGAGCUGCCGCCAUCCUGGGCAACUGCUCUCCGGAUGUAGUAGAAGCUGCUUACAGCUACGGAAAGAACCUUGGUCUUGCCUUCCAGCUGGUCGACGACAUGCUGGAUUACACCGUCAGCGGAGCCGAGCUCGGCAAGCCUGCUGGUGCUGAUUUGGAGCUNGGUCUGGCUACCGCUCCUCUGCUUUUCGCAUGGAAAGACAACAAGGAACUCGGGACGCUUGUUGGCAGGCGAUUCGCCGAGGAGGGUGAUGUCAAGAGAGUGAGUUCCAUCAGCUUCCAACUUGCGAUGCAAAACACACUAACAGUUUUAAGNGCACAUGACCUUGUUAUCCAGAGCAACGGCAUCGAACAAACUCGCGCCAUGGCCGAAGACUAUAUCAACAAGGCUCGUGAAGCCAUUGCUUUCUUCCCAGAGAGUCAGGCCAAGGCCGGCCUCUUGGACAUGUGUACAAAAGUUUUGCAGAGGAGAAAGUAG